GCAGAUUCAAGGCGAGGGACACAGGGAACAUCUGAGGACUGCAUGCUGGUGUCAUUUAAUGCAGAUUAUUAUUCAUUAGUGAACGAAAAGAGAAAACUCAGCUAACAGGGUGAAAAUGGACAUUCUUGAGACUGAUGCCUAUGACAAGCGCCGAAGGAGAAACAUGUCUUGUGCCCUUCUUCUCUCCCUUUUGCCCUUCUUUUUGUCCUCGGCUUUAUACUUCUACCUUUGGGCUCCUGAUCUGGUCCCAUCAGUAGUGUCCGCAGGGGUCAAAGCGGCCCCGACUCUGCUGCUGGCCAUGGUGGUCCUGAGCUGGAACGGAGGGCAGAGUGUCCUGGGUGUGGCAGGGGGGCUGAUCUUCUCUGCUGUUGGGGACUGCUGCUUGGUGUGGCCUGAGCUUUUCAUCCACGGAAUGGGUGCCUUCGCUUUGGCUCAUCUGCUCUAUUCCGUCACCUUCCUGUCCAGUCGUUAUGCAACAUAUUCCUCCUCCUCCUCCUCGUCUUUGAACCGCUUUCUGCAUCUGGUCGUCGUAAUCGUGGGAGGAGCUUUCUACAUCUACCUUUUUCCGUUCCUGCAGAAGGCACCAAACUCUGACCUACUGACUCCUGGCGUAGGGAUCUACUUCGUCCUAAUCACCGUGAUGGCUGCAUUAGCCAUCCGGACGGGCCACGUAGCUACGUUAUUGGGGAGUUUGAUCUUCAUGGUGUCUGAUGCUUCCCUGGCUCUGCAGGUCUUCAAAGUUUUCCCACCAAUAGAGCAUGGUCAUAUUGUUGUCAUGGUGACUUAUUAUUUGGCGCAGCUGCUGAUAGCUGUGGGUGAUGUAAAAGCAGCGGAGAACAAGGAUGACUUUUCAAAGUGGAAGCGGUCCUAAACCGGAUCUCUGAGGUGCUCCUAACAUUAGAAGAGCAUCUUCCAUGCAAAGAUGGUGUAGUUUGUUAAUUAAGUCAACUUAGUGCAAAAUAAGCUUGGGACAAGACAGGGGCACUAGGUUUUUAGAUUUCAGUGCUGAUAUUCACAUUUAUGUUUAAAGCGACUGAGGAUAGAAGAGUGGAGCAUUUCUGGUGGUUUACUAAAAUAUUCACACUCCUUGAAUUUCUUUGUAUUCCGUUAAAUGAAAAUCACAAACUUCAAUGUAUUUUGUUUGGAUUCAGUGGAAAUGUUUGCCCAUUCUUCAUUGCAAAAUAAUUCAAAUCUUAACUGGAUUUACUUUUGCAACUUUGACUAGGCCAUUCUAAUACAUGGACAUGCUUUCUGAAGUUCACUGAAGUUCUAGCUGUUGUGUUAUUCUUUAAUUUACCCCGACAUAAUAUCCAGUUUCUCCACAGUAUGAUGCUUUCGGUGUGAGAGUAUAGUGUUAGUUUCACAACGCUCACUGCAUUUUAGAUCUAAGGCAAACAGUCAUUUUUGGUUCCUAUUUUUAUUUGUGUAAAAAAAAAAAAUACUGUAUAUUUUUUCUUCUCUUUCGUACGUUAAGGUGAAAAACAUUGAGGUUUCUGGUUGACAAAUGUGGAACAGUUCAAGAGGGUUGAAUACUUUUGUAAGCCACUGUGCAUUCUGGGAUUUAGUGGAAUAUAUUUUUUUUACAUGAAAUUCAUGUUAAUGUAUAGAUUGUACAUGUGAUGCCAUAAUACAAACUGCCCAUUGAAUGUGUAUGAACAGCAGUAUUUUAUUUACAAUAAAUCUUUCCAAUGUCCACAA